AUGGCGCCGUGCCACUGCAUGGCGAAGCCGACCACGGCGUCGCCCACCGGAAGUCUUCCCGAGUCCCCGCCCCCCGCGGCGAUCGUCGAUGACGUCGCAGAGAACACGCGCGCGGAAGCUCGGGCGUCCGUCGCCGUCGCGACCCCCGAGGCUGACGCGGACGCGGACGCGGACGAAUCUCGUCCCGCGGAGACGGCACCGAAACGCGGCGCGAACGCGGAGGCUGACGACCCGUCGGCGUCCCCAGCCGCGGUCGAACCCGAUCUCGUGGAGCUGAUGAUGGAGGCGAUGCGCGAGGUCGUGGAGACUUCGACGCCGACGAGAGAGGACGCGACCGCGGCGGCGGAGGAGGAGGAAGUGGCGGGGACGCGCGCCGAACGCGCCGCCGCCGGCGGCGGGCCGUCGCCGUCGAAAGUCGCCGCCGCCGCCGCGGAACCGACGGACGACGCCGCGUACGAUAGCGACGAGGACGACGUCAUCAGCGUGUUCCUCGGAUCGCCGCCAGCCACGGCGCGCGCGCCCGCGAGGGUGGCGGUGGUCGUGGAGGAGGAGGUCGUCGAGUUUCCGCCGUCGCCGCCGCGAGAUGUCGUCGUCGCCGCGGCGGAAAAAAGUCCGAAACCGACGACGGCGACGCCGACGCCGCCGGUCGAACGCGAAGCGAGCCCGGGCGUGGACGUCAUCGACGCGUUCCUCGCGCGCACGGUGUCCCCGGGCGGAGGGAACGAGUCCGACUCCACGGACGACGCGAUCAGCGAGUUCUUGUGUUCGCCGCACGUCGUGAACCCCGCGCCGGCGGCGGCACCGCCUCGGGAAGCGACGCCGCCGCCGACGCCGCCGACGCCGACGCCGCGAAACGGACGCAGCCCGCUCGCGACGCUUCCGUCGCCGCGGAAAGAAAACACGCCGCCGCCGCCCGCGAAGCACCAAAAAUCUCCACAGAAGACCGAACGAGACGAGUGGAAGACCGCGGUCGUGCUGUACGUCACUUCCAUGAGCGCGGUGCGCGCGACGAAGGACAAGUGCGACCGCGCGCGAGCCGCGACGCGGGCGCUCGGCGUCGCGAACGCGAUCGAGCGCGACGUCGCGGCGGCGUGCGCGUACAGAGAAGAACUCCGCGGCCGCCUCGCCGCGACGAGUGGACCCGGCGCCGGGAAAGGGCUGGUCGUGCCGUACUUGUUCGUGGGCGACGUCGCGGUCGCGGGAGGGGAUGAGCUGGACGCGCUCGUGUGCGAUGGAGGGUUGGAAGACGCUCUGAAGGCGCUCGGCGCGCGACGCGGGGACGACGAGGAAAACGGAGAAGACGGAGACGAAAAUGUAAAUGUAAAGAAGAAGGAAUGCGGCGGGUGCGGAGGGCGCGGGUUCGUCGUCUGCGGGAAGUGCCACGGAAGCACGAGGGUGCACUGCGUCGACGUCACGCGGAGAUGUUUCGCGUGCAACGAGGUCGGGAUGACGGAGUGCGUCGCGUGCGUGCCGGCGUUCGCGAGGACCGCGGCGAGUCCGCUCGCGUCUCCGGCGCGAGGCGCCGCCGUCCGGUGUUGA